GUUCGAUUGCAAUAGCAUUUUCAAGGAAUAUUCAUUUGUCUCUAAGGUGUAUUCAAGGCUGUGUUAUCUACGAUUUGUUAUUCAUCAUUUUGCAUGGAUUAGUAAGUGAUAUUUUGCGAGAUGGUGUUCUAAACCUUUAAAGGAUAUCUUGUUUUGAGUUAUGUGCCCUAAGACGUCGUCGAGGACUGAUGGAGGACCAACAGAGGGGAAAAAGAAGAUAUUGUUCUUGAUAUUGCCACUUGUGGCGUUGUGCAUCGGUCUUUAUAAGCAAAAGGAUACGGAGAUACAGAGAAAAGAUGGGCAGAUUUUGCCCACAGUAGCUCCGAAGAGCAGUAGUGUCGACGGUCAACAGUGUGUUCCUCCGGCUAUCAAUGAGUUUCCAGAGGACAUAUUCACUCAAGAGCAGCGGCGGAGUGGCUUUGUGGUCAUUCACUUUGUGGCUACCAUUUACCUCUGUCUCGUCUUGGCCAUCGUUUGUGACCAGUUCUUUGUGCCGACGCUGGAGAUCAUAGCAGAAUCUUUAAAUGUCCCUGUAGAUGUCGCAGGAGCUACCUUCAUGGCUAUAGGAACUUCCUCCCCAGAACUAUAUUCUGCUGUAAUAGGAUCGUUCGUGACUCAAGGUGACAUUGGCAUUGGUACAAUCGUUGGAUCUGCUGUGUUCAAUAUACUUGGGGUGACGGCGGUUACUGGACUCCUGCUGUGGAAUCAAGAAUCAUCCGUAGACUGGUUCCCGAUUUCAAGAGAUUCCUUGGUUUAUAUCUUUUCGGUCACAACUCUCAUCUGCAUCAUUCAGGACAAUGUCGUCACAAGUGUCGAAUCUGUUUUGCUCUUGAUGAUGUUUGGAGUGUACAUAGCUGUCAUGUACUUCAAUUCUAGUAUUAAAGAAUGGGGAGAAGGUACGGUGGAAGACCUUCACAGAUGGUGGAAGAAAAGUCGGCGUGCCAGGGCAUCUUCCUUUGGUCAUCGCAGAUCGCUGUCCUUGAAGGCUAGCAGAAUGGGUGAUCCUCGGCUUCUGCUGCUGAGUCAGACCUCUGAUACCCCAGUGCCGCCUGCGCCAAUGAAAGCAGAUUCUGUAGCAGAAGAUAAUGAAAGUGAUACUACGACAUCGUCUGAAGACUCAGAAUUAGACGAUGAUCUAUCUCCCUGGACUGUUCCUCAAGACAGUAGCUUUCAAUUCUUCUUGUGGCUAAUCACGUGGCCUGUCUUAGUCCUCCUCACGUGCACUAUCCCGUCUUGCAAGAAGCACAACGAAGGUAACUUCGUGUUAACCUUCAUCUCGUCUGUCAUUUGGAUAGGUGUCAUCUCUUAUAUGUGUUCCUGGAUGGUCACAAUUAUAAGUCAUACUUUUGGUCUUCCUGAUUCUGUAGCAGGUAUUACAAUCCUUGCAGCUGGAAUCAGUGUCCCUGAGAUCAUAGCUAGCAUCAUCGUUGUUAAAAGCGGUAUGGCGAACAUGGCCAUAUGCAAUUUGAUUGGCAGCAACAUCUUCGACAUCUUAUUCUGCCUGGGAGUCCCCUGGUUCAUCAAAACCUUUUUCUUCUCCAAAACCUCCUCUCUCAUCAUCAACAGCUCAGCACUCACUUACACAACGGCCACCCUUCUUUCUACCGUUAUCCUGCUGUUCAUCACUUUCAGCGUGGCGGGAUGGAAGCUUAACAGGAAGGUCGGAUUCAUGUGCCUCGUGCUCUAUUUGGGAUUCCUCGUGAUCGCCUGCUUAUGUGAACUGAACGUUUUUGGCCAGAUGAACCCGCCAACGUGCGAAUCCUGAAGAUAUAUGUUUUCUGAGCAGAUGACAGAGGAUGUUAAUCCUUAUCAUAUUUAAAAGCACUGAAUUAUAUCAUAAAUGUUGUUGUACGUCUUUGAAUUACCAAUAGUUGUCAAGCUGUUGAUCAACUUGUUUUAGAUUACUUAAUUUAUUGUUUAUAAAUAAAAUAUUACAUAAAACUGA